AUGAUAACUAACGGUAGUCUUACGGGCUUAUUUACAGAAGAAGAAGUUUCUUUACCUCGUCAAUUUCGUUUCUGGUUGUUUCUCAUAUUAGUUAUUCCAUCCUUUUAUUGUUCAUGCAUCCUACUUUUUCAACUUUUCGUCAAUAAAAAACUGCAAUCUCAAUUGAGUAAUCAUAUUAUUAUUUGUCUACUCAUCUUUGGAUUAGUUAUAGAACUAAUCGAUAUUCCUUUCCAUCUUAGUUUCUUACAACUAGGUGCUGUUCAGCCAUCGACACCUACGUUAUGUACUGUUUGGUGGUUUGUAGAUACAGGAAUUUAUAAUGGAUGUGUUAUAAUUAUGGCAUGGGGUUCUAUUCAUCGUUAUUUAUUGAUAUUUUAUGAUCGAAUAUUUUUGAUUGCAAGAAAACGUUUUCUUUAUCACACGAUGCCUCUUAUCAUAUUGAUCGUAUAUAUCUUUAUAUUUUAUAUAGUUGUAAUAAUAUUUCCACCAUGUUUGAAUACAUAUAAUUAUAACUUACCUGCUUGUGGCGAAUAUCCAUGUUAUUUAGGUGUACCUUUACUUGGCAUAUGGGAUACAGUUAUAAAUAGUAUUAUACCAACUGUCAUAAUCACUAUUUUUAGUAUACUUGUAUUGGCUCGUGUUUAUGUUCAAAAACGACGUCUCCAUCAAGCUAAUCUAUGGCGUAGACAACGUAAAAUGACAAUUCAGUUAUUUUCUAUUUGUAUCUUAUUUUUAGCGGCGAAUGUUCCACUCAAUCUUGUUACUUUUGGUCAUAUUUGUGGUCUAUCCCCUCGCUUUGGUGAAGAGGUACAAGUUUAUGCUGAUUACCUAUGUUAUUUCGUUACUCUUUUGUUUCCAUUUGUCUGUCUUAGUACUCUUUCCGAGAUGCGCAAGAAACUUCGAUGGAAGGGUUUACUUUUAUUUCGACGAUCACAAGACAUUGCUGUGAUCAAUCCUAAAUGA